AUUUUCUCUCCAGCAGAAUCGAAGCUAAGAUUGUAACGUCAACAUGCGUUGUUUGAUCCUCCUUGCUAUUUUGAGUACGGCUACAGCAUUGCCACUGAAUUUUGGAACUUUCCUCGGAUGUGGCGACACAGGUACUUCAGUAUCCGCAUCAGCUGUCGCCAAAACUUCGUUUGGUCCAUGCGCUGAAUUGCAGAAGCCUGAAAUUGUCAUCGACGAUCCGUGUGUUGAAGUGAAGAAACCGUCCGUAGAGGUAAAAUCUCCAUGCACCUUUACACGACCUUGUUUCAGACGGAGCUUUAUGCGCCGACGUGUUUCCUCGCCGUGCUUUACUAGAACAAUCACACGCACACCGUGCGUAAGAAGAACCGUAACAUCACCGUGCGUCAGAAGAACCAUAACAUCACCUUGCGUGAGAAGAACCAUAACACCGUGCGUGAGAAGAACCAUAUCGCCUUGCAGGACGAUCAUUUCACAACCGUGUAGAACUAUUACAAGAACGCCAAGUGUGAGACGUUCCUUCAGUUAUCCCUGCAUCCAAAGAAGACCAUGCGUCACGAGAAGAGUCAUUAACCCAUGCGUCACCACCAAGCAAACGUUCGUACCAAAGAUAGUUGAAGAUCCAUGCAUCACCACCUUCGAGCAACCAUGCGAACCAACGAUAGUUGAAGAUCCAUGCAUCACCACCUUCCAGCAACCAUGCGAACCAAAGAUAGUUGAAGAUCCAUGCAUCACCACCUUCGAGCAACCAUGCGAACCAAAGAUAGUUGAAGAUCCAUGCAUCACCACCUUCGAGCAACCAUGCGAACCAAAGAUAGUUGAAGAUCCAUGCAUCACCACCUUCCAGCAACCAUGCGAACCAACGAUAGUUGAAGAUCCAUGCAUCACCACCUUCCAGCAACCACGCGAACCAAAGAUAGUUGAAGAUCCAUGCAUCACCACCUUCGAGCAACCAUGCGAACCAAAGAUAGUUGAAGAUCCAUGCAUCACCACCUUCGAGCAACCAUGCGAACCAAAGAUAGUUGAAGAUCCAUGCAUCACCACCUUCCAGCAACCAUGCGAACCAAAGAUAGUUGAAGAGCCAUGCUUACCAGUUAGAACCAUCGAUCCGUGCGUUGGUGUCCGUGCGACCGCUUGUGCUAGUGCUUCGGCUUCAACAUCAAGCACUUUUGGAACUGGCUGCAACGGAGGAGUAAGAGCUUCUGCAGGCGCUUCUGCUUUAACAUCAAGCACUUUUGGAACUGGCUGCAUCGGAGGAGUAAGAGCUUCUGCAGGCGCUUCUGCUUUCCAUCAUACUCUUUUUUGAGGGUUCAAUGAAACGCUGUGUCAACCUUGGGAUAGAUAGAUGGUGUGGUUUUAGGAUAGAUUCUGUUGAAUCCCAGGGAGACAGCUGGAGGUACACACUCCUUUAAUGUUGGAGAAAAGUAGUCAAAAAGGAGAGCGACUUUAUUGUUCCUUUUUUCUUUGAAUGUUCCCUUCCCUUUGUGUGCAUGCUUGCACACCAA